CGGCAGGGACGCGGGGCUGGAGCCGGACCCGCCGCUGCCAGGGCGAGGUUCUGGAGUUGAGCUCUGGCAACUGGAAUGAAAAAGAGCUUUCUCUUGCUCUCCCACACACCCCAAAGACAGGUGCAGGAAAUCAGUGAAGGAGAUGACAGGUGGAAAUGAAUCCUGUACUGCAGGACCAACAUCUCUGUCCUACUUAACUUGCCUGAGUUAUAUUCUGGAAGAAUGGACUGGUGUGGAGGAUAUCGGAGAUUAUCUGAGUUACGCAUUCUACAUUUUGUGGUUGUUUUUUCCACUUGUGUUAGUCUUUGUACUUCCAGGAGUUAUGGUCAUUCUCUUCUAUGUUUCCAUUCUCUGCCUUCAUAUUUAUAAAAGGAAGAAUGAAAUAAAGGAAGCGUAUUCCCAUGAUGUUUGGAUAGGUGCGAGAGAAAUGGUGGCAGCCAUAUGGGAUGGACAUGGAAGAAUAUGGCAUGGUUAUGAGAUUCAUGGUAUCGAAAAUAUUCCUCAAGGACCCGGACUUAUUGUGUUUUAUCAUGGAGCUACUCCCCUUGACUUUAUCUAUUUCAUAACGAGACUUUAUAUAAUGCAGAAGAGAAGCUGCAACGUAGUAGCUGAUCAUUUUGUCUUUAGAUUACCAGGUUUUAGAAUACUACUUGAUGUAUUUGGAGUUAUACAUGGACCAAAAGAAGCUUGUGUUAGGACUCUGAAGAUGGGCCAUCUGUUAGCCAUUGCCCCAGGUGGAGUUCGGGAAGCACUUUUCAGUGAUGAAAUGUAUACUAUUUUGUGGAGUGAUCGGAAGGGCUUUGCUCAGGUGGCCAUUGAUGCAAAAGUGCCCAUCAUUCCUCUGUUUACACAAAAUGUUCGAGAAGGCUUUAGGACAUUAGGAGGAAUAAAAAUACUUAGGUCUCUAUAUGAGCGUAUUAGAUUGCCAGUAGUUCCUCUGUACGGGGGGUUUCCUGUCAAGCUACGUACAUUUAUUGGAGAACCCAUUCCAUAUGAACCAAAUGUGACUGCUGAGGAACUAGCUGCAAAGACGAAAGCAGCACUCCAAGCUCUCAUAGAAAAACAUCAGAAAUUACCAGGAAAUAUAUUUAGGGCGUUAAUGGAACGAUUUCAAACACAGAAGAAAGAAGAUUAAGGUCUUCUGAACUUAAACAUCUAUAACUACUCUUUACUUAUAAUAUUCUUAAAGCUACAUUUGUAAAUUAUUCAUUCUUCUAAUAAUAGGUCCUAAUGAUACUGCUGUAUAAUUUAAGACAGAAGUCACUUGCCCUUGCCUCUGUCCAGUAUCAAGCUCAGGAGCCCAAACUUGAAAUCAUUCAUAAUGGGAGAAAGUUUAAUUUUUGAUAAAUGCAUUCCGACCUUGGAAGUGUCUGGGUUUGUUUUGUUGGUUUUUUUUUUUUUUUCCCCCAAAUAAUACUUCAAGCCUUUAUGUGUAUGGUCUGUCUUCCUUUUGGUCUGUCAUUGUCUCCCAUCCCCACCAUGAUGGAUUUCUAACCUGAAUGUCAAACCUCUGCAGAGCUGGAGUCUUACAGUUUUGACCUUCAUCAGCAUAAGGAGGUCUUGUAGGCCAGAUUAAUGCCAUACAACACGUAUGAAAAAAUUCCCGAGAUUGUUACUCUCACACUGCUGGGAAAUAGUCCACCACUUCUGGCCUGCAAAACCUCUAGCAAUGCCUGCAAAACCUGUGUUGCAAAGUGUUUAGUUUUGCUGGAUGAGCUCAGAAAGGGCUCAGAAAAGUGAAAAUUGAUUAUAGAGAACUACAGUGAACCAAAGAGGCUUUUUAUGGAAACCACUGUGAUGCUGUCAAUGAGAACCUUACAACACAACUGCUAUUCUGCACCAAGGUGCAGAAUUGGAUAUUUGCCCUUGAGUAGAGACUUGUCCCAUUUAUUUCUCAUUGAAUCUAGAAAUUCUCCUUUGAAACAAUGAGCCAAGCAUUCAAACAUCAAGAAGUAGAAAUGAGAGUACUGUUUAGUAACAUGAGCUCAAAAAUCUUUGUUUUGAUGGAAAGAGAAAAUUGUUACAACACUGUAAAAGCAGUAGUUAUUUGAAAAACAAGAUUGGCAUUCCCAAAUACCCAUUAGAUUUAGUAUGUGGAUAAACUAUUAAAUAUAUUCUUCAAACAGUUAUUUAUGUAAGUUAAAAAAGUAGGAGAGGGAAAUUCUGUAUACUUUCCUUAAGUGAAAACAAUUGAAUCAACAGGAGAGAGUUGCCAGAUUGGGCUUUUGUACACUUACAGCAAAUAAUAUUGUUAUAUUUUUUCUUAGCUAAAGCCUGUGGCCUUUUUGUCCAAAUAGGAAAUACUUGAAAUAUUUCUUCUAAUUUCCAGGAAUUUUAAUCUACAGUUCUUAAAUUGACAUCUGGGAACUUUUUAGUUCUGGGAUGAGGACAAAUUCCUUCAGAAAAGACAAGAGACUUUUGCUAUAUGAUGUGGUCACCUUUCAGUAUUGUUGGGGUUUGACCUUUUCUUAAAAAAAAAAUACAUCCCCCCAAGAAAAACCCAAUAAAUAACCAAUAUUUAAAGGAGCAGUUGUAUUUGAUAUAGUAGUCAUUGCUCUCCCCAUUUAAGCACAUACUUUUCUUUAUGCUCUCUUAAAUGUGUAAAUUAGUGACAUUGCAUAAGUGCAUGUGGGUGAUAUCCUAAGUUAGAAAAUAUCACUUUAUGGAUAAUUGUCUAUCAAAUGUGGUUUACAAGAAGCAAAAGGUUUACUUUAUGAUAUUAAUUUAUACCAAAAACAUUUUAUGUGGCGUUAAUUUUCUUAAAGCUUUGGGAAGAAUCAUGGUAUAUAAAAGCAAAUGCCCAUUCUGAAGUUUCUGAAAUUACUUGGGUUUUACUUGAAGGCAAGAUUGGGCUCCUUUUAAUUUAUUGGACUGUUUCAAAAAUACCCCUAUAGUAUGUUAUUAAAAGUGAUAAUGCUAAAUUCUUACGUUGAAGUAUAACUGCAGAUUGACCUUUUUUUUUUUUCACUGUCCAUCUGGAAAAAAAAAUGUACAUCAGUCUAUGUUGGGAACAUCUCAAAGGCAGCUGAACAUCCUUUGUGUUGAAGUUACAUAUAUGUAAAAGAGAACUCAAUCUAAAAGGUUAUGUUAGAUGUGAAUGGACAUUAUCAGAUUUUGUAACAUUUAUUUUAUUAACUAUGUGGGCUAUUUGCUGCAGUUUUGCCCCUUUAAGUAUUGAAAGAUCAGUAUAAAAAAUGAAGGGCAGUAUUGGUACUCUCUAAGUGUUCAUAUUUGUAUAGGCCUUUCAUUUUUAUUUCUAUAUAUUAAAAAUAUGUAGAAGACACCUUUCAAAUAAAAUUGACAACUGGAACAGACUUC